AUGACUUACGACAAUAACCCCGACAUAAAGGCUGGUAACAAUAUGUCUUCUUCGGAUUCCAAUACUGAUGACGUUGAAGCUGGCCGUUAUGGCCCGCUGGCACACAUCAACACGGCCGAAAGUCGAGUCCCUGCCUUUGGUGGUGAGUUCCAACCGGGUCUCUAUCGAUCCCCUAAGAACCGCAAGAUCGCCAAUCCAGCACCCCUCGGUCUAUGCGGGUUUGCUCUGACAACGUUUAUGCUUGGGUGUAUUCAAAUGAACGUGAGAGGGAUUACCAAGCCAAACAUCAUUGUUGGACCUGCCCUGGUUUACGGGGGACUGGUACAGCUCCUUUCGGGGAUGUGGGAAAUGGCAGCUGGGAACACCUUUGGCGCUACUGUUCUCUCCUCAUAUGGCGGAUUCUGGAUCUCAAUUGCUAUUACCUUCAUUCCCGGCGGAUUCAACAUUAUAGGUGCCCUUGAAGAAGCCGAUAAGGGGUCCCCUAUCUUGUUCUAUAAUUCCUUCGCCCUGUACCUCAUGGCGUGGUUCAUCUUUACCUUCCUCAUCAUGCUAUGCACGGUCAAAUCUACUGUCGCCUUCUUUUCCCUCUUUUUCGUCGUCGAUCUCUCCAUUCUUCUCAUCGCCCUUGCGUAUUUCUACCCGAACGCACAUGAAAUGCCCAACGAGGGCCUUAUGAAAGCAGGCGGUCUUUUGGCUUUCCUUGGAGCUUUUCUGGCUUGGUAUAACGCCUUCGCUGGAAUUGCUGACAAUAGCAACAGCUUUUUUAUCGUUCCUGUCGUUCAUUUCCCAUGGUCUGAAAAGAGGCGCAGCGCAAGAAUGACGAAGACCGCAAGCGAGGGCGCUUAA